AUGGUGUCUGUGCUGGAGAGAUCCAGAACCUCAUCCAGUGAACGCUCCAGCCUCUUCCUGGGGAACCUCAUCCAGCCUGGGCUUUCUAGAUCUGUGCCUGCGGCGUCCAGGGGUCUUCCCUGGCUCAGCCCGAGGCUCCUGUGUGGCAUCUCAGCCUACGUGCUCCGGGGGGAUGGGCUCUCAGGGGCCAGUGGUGGAAGGCAGAGGACACUGGUUUGUCCCCUUGCUGUCCUGAGAAAGAGUGUCUUGCCAGAAGUCUCCAGGCUGACUUGUGAACAGGGGUCACAAAGACCACACCUCUCCUAUUCCAACAUCAGGCGAGAACCGCUGUCCCUGGUGAACCUGCGGAAGAGGAACAUGGAGUCUGGAGAAGAAGAACUGGCCUCCAGGCUGGACCACCACAAAGCCAAGGCCACGCGGCACAUCUUCCUCAUCAGGCACUCCCAGUAUCACGUGGAUGCCUCCCAGGAAAAGGACCGCACGCUGACACCCCUGGGUCGUGAACAGGCUGAACUAACUGGGCUCCGACUUGCUAGCUUGGGUUUGAAGUUUAAUAAAAUUGUCCAUUCAUCCAUGACCCGUGCCAUCGAAACCACUGACAUCAUCAGCAAACACCUGCCAGGCGUCUGCAAGGUCAGCACAGACCUGCUGAGGGAAGGCGCUCCCAUCGAGCCCGACCCGCCCGUGUCCCACUGGAAGCCGGAGGCUGUGCAGUAUUACGAAGACGGGGCCCGGAUCGAGGCCGCCUUCCGGAACUACAUCCACCGGGCCGACGCCAAGCAGCAGGAGGACAGCUACGAGAUCUUCAUCUGCCACGCCAAUGUCAUCCGCUACAUCGUGUGCCGGGCACUGCAGUUCCCUCCAGAAGGCUGGCUCCGCCUCUCUCUCAACAACGGCAGCAUCACCCACCUGGUGGUCCGGCCUGAUGGCCGAGUGGCGCUCAGGGCCCUUGGGGACACGGGGUUCAUGCCUCCGGACAAGAUCUCCCGCUCCUGAGGGCUGCCUGGAGGACCCGCCCCCUCAGUCCCCAGCCUGGUUCCCACGGGUGACACCAUGGACACGGCUCCUUCCCCGUCUUCCCUCCACAGGCUGCGCUGAGGUGACCCCAUUCUUCUCCAGGGGGAGGGUACACAAAGUACGACUCUCUUUAGCAUCUGAAAUGUGGCAUUUCGGUCUGUACUUCCGGCCCAGAAUGGAAAAGGGAAUCGUCCUGAGCAGAUCAGCCUGACUUCUGUCUUGGGGCUCUCGGCCCUGUCUGCGGACGCCAUCUGCGGGACCACGGCCAGUCUGCACAGGCAUCUUUGGUCGGGGCGGCUGCUGGCCAUGUGAGCCCCUCGAGGCUUGUCAGCAAAGCUCACCAGGCCCCAGGGGGGCUCCACCAAGGCGGCACCGCCAGCGCUUCUGUUCAGAACUUACUUGUCGUACAUUCUUCUCAUUUCUUAAAACCUCUUUAUCACUGAAAUAUUUGUAAUUAAAGAUUCUCUUCAUCUGGGUUCUUGCUUUGAUAACCACUCAGUCUGGAGUCCUGCAUCUUUGUCCCCAUUGGAUCUGAACUCGCCUGUGUCGUGAGGCCCUUCCGGGCACCUCCGAGCAGCGUGGCGGGUGAGGGAGGGGACCCGACAGCCACAGUGCGGCUGAGGUCCUGUCUCAGUAAGACGCCAGACACCUCAGUCCGCCUCUGGCUGUUAACCCUUUAUGCUUAUGGAUUAAACUUUUUAGACGUGAUGUGUCCAUUCCAAGUAUCGUGUUAACUUAGGAGAAACGACAAUUCCUGUGACGUGGUUACAAACAUUUUCUGCAAUCAGUGCGACUAAUCGGGACACUGGUCCGUUUCUCUGUCACUUUGGAAAUAACUGCAAAAUAAAAUUUUAUUUUACUGAU